GGAAGGAUCGGUUCGGGAUAAGCCCCCGCGGUUCCCGCGCGCCCCUCCCCGCCCAGUGACGUCACGGCCGCAUGACGUCAGGCCGCGCGGUCUCCGGGCAGCGGCAGCGGUUGAGGGGCGGCCAUGGCGCUGCCGCUGCUGCCCGGCUUCUCCCGCCGCCGCAACGUGAGUGCCCGCCCGGGCAGCCUCCAGCCCGCUCGGGCAGCCUCCAGCCCGCUCUGCUGCCCACUCUCCUGCCCUGCCCCGGAGCUCCGGGGCCGCGGGGGCCGUGCCGGGGCGGUCCCGGGCGGGGCGGGGCCGUUACUGCCGGCCCCGCAGUUGGAGGCGAGGCGGCCUGGUGCGCUGAGCGGGUCCGGCCUCAGCGGCGGCGUGCGGACUGGGGGAGAAAAGUUCCACAAAUCACAGCUCUGUGGAUACGCCAAUAAUGUUCCUAUGCUGUUUGACAAUAAACCUGGAAUAGGAGGUGAGCUGUUACCUGGUCAGACCCUGAAAAUUACCAACAGUGUGUUUCCUGAAGCAAUAGGAAGCAGUCCUCCUUCUUGGAUAGCAUUUGACAAGCAGGUGUUGUGUUUUGAUGCCUAUUUUGAAGAAGAAGUGCCUGACAAAAAUCAAGAGCUGUAUAGAAUCAGACACUGUAAAAUAUAUUUCUACCCUGAAGACGAUACAAUUCAAGUGAUUGAGCCCAUAGUGAAAAAUAGUGGCAUAAAUCAAGGAACUAUUGUUCGACGGCAGCAGAUUCCACUUCCAUCUCCUCAUGAGGAUCAGUUCUAUACUAUGUAUCAUUUCAAUAUCAACACAGAAAUAACCCUUUAUGGCCGAAAAUAUAAGAUUGUAGAUUGUGACCUGUACACAAAAAAUUUCCUGAGGAAGAUAGGAAUCAGAUUAAAUCCUCCUGCAAGCCUUCCAGACGACCCAUACAUCACAGAGCGGGAAAAGAGACAUCUGGCAAGCACAAAUCCUUUCCACCCUUAUGAGCGCUUUGACACUUUGAAACAAUUUCUGGAGUUUUAUGGACAAGUUUUAGGGUUUUCUUGUGUGUGGAAUGACCCAGAAUCGCGGCUUUCUGGCCCACGGGAACUUGUUCUUCGUUAUUAUUUGUCAGAUGAUACUAUUGAUAUAAGAGAAGUUUUACCAGAAAACUCAGGCCGGGAUGUAGUUCCAUAUUUCCUCAAACGAGAUAAGCUUCCAAAGAAUGCUCCUGUUGCUCCGUAUCAUCCAGGCACCAUCACCAAUUACACUCUGCUCAAUGUGUUGGGAAAGCCAGAAAGAAACAAAGGCUAUUACAUUCGGGACAUUCUGCAGACAGGAGCAGUGCAUCCGGAAUAUUACAAAGACAGUGACUUGAAAAUAGGGGCAGUAAUUAAUGUUUGGGGAAGGCAAAUAUUACUCUGUGAUUGUGAUGAAUUCACUAAAGAACAUUACAGGAAAAAGUAUGGAAUUGUGGACUUUACCCCAAUUGAGUAUAAGGCUCUACCACCUCCAAAACCAGAAAAAAUUAUUCCUCCUUAUAAUGGAUUUGGUUCUGAAGAAGAUUCUUUGUCCUCCUGUAUGAGUGUGGUUGUCAAGGCUCCCCACAAGGAUUACAGGCAAUUCCUGGUGAAAGACAGAUAUGGCAUGGAUAGUAACAUACUGCGCUAUGGGGCCAAACUCAUCACAGACAAUGCUAUCGACAAGGAGCGUAAAUUCAUUAUUUCCUUCUUCCUGCGUGAUGACACCAUUUCCAUUUUUGAAUAUGCAGAGAGAAACUCAGGGAUAGCUGGUGGGAAGUUCCUGGAAAGAAGUCGCAUUAAGAAGCCUGGGCAGGAACUCUUUAAGAGUGAGCCAUCUGAAUACUACAAGGCUCAGGAUCUGUUUGUUGGAGCCAGAGUUUGUUUCCAUGGUCACAAUUUUCUUUUGGUGGAUGCUGAUGAAUACACGUUCAACUACAUGGAGAAGAAUGCAAAUGAGUUCCCCAUGGCUGAUAUUUCUGUUGUCCUCAACAAACUGAAGAACAUGACUGAAUCUCGUGCCAAAGAAAUCAGAAAGACAUUUGCUACUACUGACCCUGAGCGUACCAAUGUGAUUGGGUAUAACACUUUCAGAAAUUGGAUAGUCAGUGUAGCUGGUGGAGGAUUUUCAGAACACGAAAUUAUGACUCUUGGACGUCACUAUGGCAUGAGAGACGACAAUCAAAUAGACCUGCUCCUCCUCCUUACAGUGGCUCAAGACAAACUAAAGAAAAAUGCCUUUGAAUAUUUUGAACAGUUGAUUGCUGUAUUUUUGUACAACGACCGAGAAAAGUGUGGAUUGUUGCCCUAUGAGACCUGCAGGACUAUUUUCAAAUCCUUUAAGUUGCCACUUCCUGAUGGUCUUCUAGAAACUUUGCUGGCCAGGUUUGAAGAUGACCAAAAGAAAGUAGACUAUAGAAAGCUUAUUCAUGCACUGAACUGGAGAGAGAAUCAAAUCCGUGUUUUCAAGGAGGAAAAGGAGCCACCCAAGAGGGCAGAUAUCUGGAACCAACUACCACGGUCCCCUCCUGUGACUGGGAUCAGAUACCCUCCUCUUCUGGAUGAUCUGUUUGGCAAGGAAGAAUAAUCUCAUCUGUGCAAGGCACUGAUUUAAGAUUGGUGCUUCAGCUCCGAAGAUUACGUAGAGAGAUACAGAAAACAUUUCUUGCAAAAUAAGAAAAAAUAAGAUGUAGGUUUUAUUGCAUUUAAUUACUUGUCCCAACAUAGAUGUGUACUUGUGUGUUUUUGGAACUCUUUCUAAAUCAACAGCACUCUGUCAUACUUACACAGGCACAAUUAAAACUAGAUCCUCUAAUCACUGUCUGGUUGCAUGGAGAAUUUGCAAGUAUUGAGAAAUCUUUGAGCCAAACAGUGCAAAAUCCGACUGACCCUGCUUUGUUCUGCAAACAAACGUUGUUGGAUGACCUCUUAAAAUUGGGUUGGACUGCGUUAGCACAAUAAUGCCAUUCCAUUCACGUUUCCUCCCUUGCUCUUCAGCUCAGAGCUGUGGUUUUGCUCUAUCCCCGUGGUGAUGCUUGAGUGCUGUUCGUGUCAAAGUGGGUUAUUUUGUGGAGGAAAUACCACAAGGUUUUUGCACACUAUAAAGCUGCUCUGGUAUCAGAGAUAAUUAUAGCCUUCCAAAGUGGAAGCAAAUGUUUUGCAGGCACGACACAGAAGCUGUCAGUUCUUGCUUUUUGUUUUAGAUGUGACUCAGGUUAGUCCCACCCAGCUUUACUUGGGUGGGACAUUUCUGAAGAGAAGGGUUUUCAGUGCAAUUUCAGUGUGCAACGUUCUUGUAGCAGAACUAUACUUGCCCUUUGAAAAUUCAUGGAUGCCCUUCUCUUUCUCCAUGGUUUAAUGGAGUUCCUGUUAGCAUUUUUGUAUCUUUUUAAGCUUAUGCCAGCUCAAAGCCAUGAUUAGAUCUGGAUUUACUCUGUGCUUUUGUGAGAGGCAUAAUUCCCCCACUCUGAAGAAUGGAAGAGCUGAGGUGAAGGUGGAGCUGAUUCAUCUGCAAGAUUCCACUGGCGAAGGGGAAGAGGUGUGAGCCAGUGCACCUCUUCUGGUGCCUGGGAAGACUUAGAACCCUGUUUUUUCUUUAAUCUGAAAUUACAAUUUUGGGGAAGAAUUGUUUGAUUUAGAAAGAUGAGAAUCCAAUGUAUCUAAAUCCCCAAACUGAGGGAAAGACAAGAGUAAUUUUUUGGAAACUUGGAGAUCCCCCUUUCAAUUACGAUUCUAUCUAGAAAUGCCUUCCUACACUUUUGCAUGAUAAUGUGAAUUAAAUUCUUAUUCUUUGUACCAUAUGGCAAAAUAUGAAGCUUUUGACAGCUCUUUUCCCUUUUUUGCAGUGAAAAAGGUCUUGAGACAAGGCAUAAUUAUGUUGCUGCUGCUGAGGAGGGGUAGCAAUAAAAUGGGCAAGGAAUGUCUGUGUCCAGAGCUCAAAAUUAAAAAGGCAAAAACCUAAAGUGCUCCAAGUUGUAGACAAGACCAUGAAUUGAUUUUUGAUCCAAAAGAGGAAAAUGGUUCUUUAUAUGACAAGAAAUAUCUGACCACAGGGACAGUGUCAGGAUAAAAAACAGCAAUUUGUGUUUGAAGCCAGUUUGGUGAAAGCUGGAUAUUUUUACAACAUGCCACCAAGACUGAGAUUGGUACUAAAUUAAUGCAAUUUUCAGAAGGAUUUAUUUCAGUUAUGGAAAUCUUGUACAGCUGAGGGCUUCCAAGAAAAGGGGACUCUGAACAUUGAGAACCUCUCAAGUAGAUUCUAGAAAAGAUCAAUUCACUUUAGUUUGUUUCUCAUUAUGUGUAUGAGACAAAAGAGGCAUUCUUAAAGAAAAAAAAUAGUUCAAGAAAUAUAAUAUUUUAUAAUUUCAUGUGGAACCAUGUGCAUAGGUCUAUUCAGUCAUGGUCUGGUCUUGUCUGGUCAUGGUCAAGAAAGGAGACUGGAAACUGGAAUCAGUGCAGAGAAGAGCAGGAAGGGUGACCAAGAGAAUGGAGAUCAGAAAGGUGACUGAAAGAGCAUGACUUAUUUAGUGUAAUAAAAUGAAAACUCAGAUUGAAUGAAUAUCCUUUCUCUCUGUAAAUAUAUUGUUGCCAGGUGAGGAAAAUUAUCUGGUUCAGGUAAGAACAUUGGUAGUCUUAAGGAAAAAAUGGGUAUAAUUUGCCAUGACUAAAUUAAAC